CGUCGGGGCGAGGGUUGCUGGCGGCUGUCGGGACCGCCGCUGCGGGAUGUGAGUGCGGGCCGAGCCCGCGCGGGAGGGCCCCCGAGGGCCCAGCCUGGCGGCCGCUCGCCCCUACACCCGGCCCGGGGGCUCCCUAGACCUCGGCCCGCCCGACGCGUCGCGGAGGAGUAGCCCCUGCGCGCUUCGGGGCGCUCCUGUGUGGCUCAACCCGUGUCGCCGGUUCCAGAAGCAGGCUGCGGGAACAAGAUGUGAACUGUUUUUCCUCCCCAAAAGAAGAGGCCCUUCCUUUCCCUCCCGCGACGGCCAAUGUUCUGAGAAAGACUCUAGAUGGGAAUGGCUUGCCUUACAGUGACAGAGAUGGAGGCAACCUCCACAUCCCCUGUACAUCAGAAUGGUGAUAUUCCUGGAAGUGCUAAUUCUGUGACGCACAUAGAUCCAGUCCUUCAAGUGUAUUUGUACCAUUCUCUUGGGAAAGCUGAAGGAGACUAUCUGAAGUUUCCAACUGGAGAGUAUGUUGCAGAAGAAAUUUGUGUGGCUGCUUCUAAAGCUUGUGGCAUUACACCUGUGUAUCAUAAUAUGUUUGCUUUAAUGAGUGAGACAGAAAGAGUCUGGUACCCGCCCAACCAUGUCUUCCACAUAGAUGAGUCAACCAGGCAUAAUAUACUCUACAGAAUAAGAUUCUACUUUCCUCACUGGUAUUGCAGUGGCAGCAAUAGAACCUAUAGAUACGGAGUAUCUCGUGGGGCUGAAGCUCCUCUUCUUGAUGACUUUGUCAUGUCUUACCUUUUUGCUCAGUGGCGGCAUGAUUUUGUGCAUGGGUGGAUAAAAGUGCCUGUGACCCACGAAACUCAGGAAGAGUGUCUUGGAAUGGCAGUGCUAGACAUGAUGAGAAUAGCCAAAGAAAAUGACCAGACUCCACUGGCUGUCUAUAACUCUAUCAGCUACAAAACAUUCUUACCAAAGUGUGUUCGAGCAAAGAUCCAAGACUAUCAUAUUUUAACCCGGAAGCGAAUAAGGUACAGAUUUCGCAGAUUCAUUCAGCAGUUCAGUCAAUGCAAAGCCACUGCCAGAAACCUGAAACUUAAGUAUCUUAUAAACUUGGAAACCCUACAGUCUGCCUUCUACACAGAGCAAUUUGAAGUAAAAGAAUCUGCAAGAGGUCCUUCAGGUGAGGAGAUUUUUGCAACCAUUAUAAUAACUGGAAACGGUGGAAUUCAGUGGUCAAGAGGGAGACAUAAAGAAAGUGAGACACUGGCAGAACAGGAUUUACAGUUAUAUUGUGAUUUUCCUGAUAUUAUUGAUGUCAGUAUUAAGCAAGCAAACCAAGAAUGCUCAAAUGAAAGUAGAAUUGUAACUGUCCAUAAACAAGAUGGUAAAAUUUUGGAAAUAGAGCUUAGCUCGUUAAGAGAAGCCCUGUCAUUUGUGUCCUUGAUUGACGGCUAUUACCGACUCACUGCAGACGCGCACCAUUACCUCUGUAAGGAGGUGGCCCCUCCGUCUGUGCUGGAGAACAUGCACAGCAACUGCCAUGGCCCCAUCUCAAUGGAUUUUGCCAUUAGUAAACUAAAGAAGGCAGGGAACCAGACGGGACUGUAUGUACUUCGGUGUAGCCCUAAGGACUUUAACAAAUACUUUCUGACCUUUGCUGUUGAGCGAGAAAAUGUUAUUGAAUAUAAACACUGUUUGAUUAUGAAGAAUGAAAAUAGAGAGUACAACCUCAGUGGGACUAAGAAGAACUUCAGUAACCUUAAGGACCUUUUGAAUUGCUACCAGAUGGAAACUGUGCGCUCAGACAGUAUCAUCUUCCAGUUUACUAAAUGCUGUCCCCCUAAGCCAAAAGACAAAUCAAACCUUCUUGUCUUCAGAACCAAUGGCAUUUCCGAUGUGCAGGUCUCACCAGCGUUACAGAGGCACAAUAAUGUGAACCAGAUGGUGUUCCACAAAAUCAGAAAUGAAGACUUGGUAUUUAAUGAAAGUCUUGGCCAAGGUACUUUUACAAAAAUUUUUAAAGGUGUAAGAAGAGAAGUUGGAGACUAUGGUCAACUGCAUGAAACAGAAGUUCUUUUGAAAGUUCUGGAUAAAGCACAUAGGAAUUAUUCAGAGUCUUUCUUUGAAGCAGCAAGCAUGAUGAGCCAGCUUUCUCACAAGCACUUGGUUUUGAAUUAUGGAGUAUGUGUCUGUGGAGAGGAGAACAUUCUGGUUCAAGAGUUUGUAAAAUUUGGGUCACUGGAUACAUACCUGAAAAAAAACAAAAAUUCCAUAAAUAUAUUAUGGAAACUUGGAGUGGCUAAACAGUUGGCAUGGGCCAUGCAUUUUCUAGAAGAAAAAUCCCUUAUUCAUGGGAAUGUGUGUGCCAAAAAUAUCCUGCUAAUCAGAGAAGAAGACAGGAAAACAGGGAAUCCACCUUUCAUCAAACUCAGUGAUCCCGGCAUUAGCAUCACAGUUCUACCAAAGGACAUUCUUCAGGAGAGAAUUCCAUGGGUACCACCUGAAUGCAUUGAAAAUCCUAAAAAUCUAAAUCUGGCAACAGACAAGUGGAGUUUUGGUACCACUCUGUGGGAAAUCUGCAGUGGAGGAGACAAGCCCCUGAGUGCUCUGGACUCUCAAAGGAAGUUGCAGUUUUAUGAAGAUAAGCAUCAGCUUCCUGCACCUAAGUGGACAGAAUUAGCGAACCUUAUAAACAAUUGCAUGGAUUAUGAGCCAGAUUUCAGGCCUGCCUUCAGAGCUGUCAUCCGUGAUCUUAAUAGCCUGUUUACUCCAGAUUAUGAACUACUAACAGAAAAUGACAUGCUACCAAAUAUGAGAAUAGGUGCCUUAGGAUUUUCUGGUGCUUUUGAAGACAGAGACCCUACACAAUUUGAAGAGAGACACUUGAAAUUUCUACAGCAACUUGGCAAGGGUAAUUUUGGGAGUGUGGAGAUGUGCCGCUACGAUCCUCUACAGGACAACACUGGGGAGGUGGUGGCUGUUAAAAAACUCCAGCACAGCACUGAAGAGCAUCUCAGAGACUUUGAAAGGGAGAUUGAAAUCCUGAAAUCCUUGCAGCAUGACAACAUUGUAAAAUACAAAGGAGUGUGCUACAGUGCUGGUCGGCGCAACCUAAGAUUAAUUAUGGAAUAUUUGCCAUAUGGAAGUUUACGAGACUAUCUUCAAAAACAUAAAGAACGAAUAGAUCACAAAAAACUUCUGCAGUACACAUCUCAGAUAUGCAAGGGCAUGGAAUAUCUUGGCACAAAAAGGUAUAUCCAUAGGGAUUUGGCAACAAGAAAUAUAUUGGUGGAAAAUGAGAACAGAGUUAAAAUAGGAGAUUUUGGAUUAACCAAAGUCUUGCCACAGGACAAAGAAUACUACAAAGUAAAAGAACCAGGCGAAAGUCCCAUAUUCUGGUAUGCUCCAGAAUCCCUGACAGAGAGCAAGUUUUCUGUGGCCUCGGAUGUAUGGAGCUUUGGCGUGGUUCUCUAUGAACUGUUCACAUACAUUGAGAAGAGUAAGAGCCCUCCGGUGGAAUUUAUGCGAAUGAUUGGAAAUGAUAAACAAGGACAGAUGAUUGUGUUCCAUUUGAUAGAACUUCUGAAGAAUAAUGGAAGACUACCAAGACCAGAAGGGUGCCCAGAUGAGAUUUAUGUGAUCAUGACAGAAUGCUGGAACAACAAUGUAAAUCAGCGUCCCUCUUUCAGGGACCUAGCACUCCGGGUGGAUCAGAUCCGGGACAGUCUGGCUGCGUGAAUGCGAUGGUCUUUACUCAGAGACUAAGUUGACUUCCAGAAUCAAAGCAAAGCUCUGUAGCCACAUUGUUGUGGACCUUAUCCACACAUCCUUAUCAUAAUGCUAGCCAGAAGAAAAGGUCAGGCUGUCUGCUCAGAACUGCGGGAAUUUUGUGAAUUUUUCAUACACCAUCUGUAAAAGACACUGCUAAAAAGUCUUGCAGGAAGCUUGUAGAGAGCUGCAUGGAGCUCCCUGCACAGUCCGUACAUCUCCUCCUCCGGCACAGGGAGAAAGCAGACAUUUUCAACUCAGCGUUUCAAAAAAUGAAACAAUUAUAAUGUAAAUUUUGCAGUGUUAGAGAUACACACAACAUACAUGUACAGUUUUUACCACAUGGAGUGUACAAUACUUUGGCAUCUUGUGUGAUUACACAAGGGCUGGUGUUUAUUAAUGUUUUUCUAAUUUUUCCAUAGUUGAUCUAUAGUAACUUCAUGAUACAAAUUAAAAUGCUCAGAAAAUUGAAUAAAUACCUUUUUUUCUUGCGUCUGUGCUGCUGUGUCAGGGCUUGUAGUUCCAUGUCACUGUAAAUAUUUUUCAAAGCAAAAGAAACAAAAGUAUAGUUUUAUUUGUAUAGUAAAUCUAACCCUAAAGACUUUUGAAAUGGAACAAUCUUACAAAGACAUAGCACAAUCUAUUUUCUUAUUUGUUGUCCUGUGUCUGUUUUAUGGUAAUUGUGUUUUUACAUAGAACUGUCUCCACCUUUUCUAUGACUAUAGUGACUAGUACUCUUUUAUAUUUUUUGAGGUUUAAAGUGCCAGAAAUACUUUGCUCCCUUGAAACUGUUAACUGCCAAUAAGACAUUUCAGUCCCUGAGACCUGUUACUAUAUAUUGAAGUAUAAGCCAUAAAUAAUUUGUAAAAUGUAUAAGCUCUUUAAGAUGCAUAGUGGGUUAGAAUAUGAACAAAGACUGCGUGCGGGUCCCCAAGCUCGCUGUUGCAGUGGUAGGAGAAAUGUGCCUUCACCAGAGUCUCCCACGUGGACAGGAAGUGAGAGCCUGUCCAAGAAUGCCAGAAAUCUGUAAUGUACAUCGUUAGAGGAAGGAGGAGAGAGAGCGUACAUAUUUUCAAAGUAUGAGUAAUGGUUAUCUACUUUAGUGCUGCUCCGUUUAGACAUGUCAUGUCAGGAAAAUAAAACAAGAUUUUUGUGUGUUAUUUAUACAAGAUUUUAAAUAUUUUGGUAUUUGUUUUUAGAAAUUCUCUAUUUUCAGUGGUGUAUCCUAUGUUUACCUUGUGCUUAAGAGCUUUGAUUUUGCUGAAGAAGGGAUAGCAAAGAAAUGCUCCUCACAUUCUUUGCGGACAUUCUCGUAGAUAGCAGAUACCGAGACCAGCUGGGGGAGUGAGACUAGUGGGUAUUGUUUAUAAAAAUUGUAAUAUUUGAAUGGAAGUUAGAUAUAUUUUUAUCCAAUUUCUGAAUCAAAUACAGUUGAUACUAAUUCUACAGCAUUUCAGAUGAAAGUCAUGUGUCAUAUAAUGUGAUCAUGAUUUAGGAUUUUUAGAAAGGUCCAUAAUAUUUUGCCUAUUUUUAAAAAUAGUGGUGUAAACUACAUUUUGUUACGCUUUUUAAAAUACUUGAAUUUUUACUUUUAAAGAUCCCACAUAUUCUUAAUAUUUAGGAGUGCAAUGACAAUCUUACUUGAAAUUUUAAGUAGUUAAGAGACUUCAUUUUCAUUGAGAGUCCAUAAUUUUUGAAAUCUUGAUUUGAACAAUACAUAUAAGAAAUUACUCCCAGACUUAGCUGCUUGGUUCCACAUGAGGACCAGGUGUCAGGUACAAUAAAAUGUUUCUUCAAGUUUACUAUUUCUUAAAAUUAAAAAAGUUUCUCCAGAGUUC